GUAGGUUUAGGACCACCUUGGGCGGCCGUUGGGAACUUUGAAUGAAGGGGUUGGUGCGCAGCGCACCUUCCUGUUCAGAGUAGUUGUUAUAGUCUCACCAUUUUAGCCUAAAGUUUCAGACCUAAUACAUAGACCUCAGCCUCACUUCAAAUUCUUGAAAAUGGAAAUGGAAGCCAACUCCUGGGACAGCUGGGUGGACCAAGCUCUUUCCAGACUCCACUCUCUUAAACUCAUUCGCUCUCUCAGACCCAUUCACCUCCCCAACCCACUACCAACUCCCCGUGAUUUCGAGGUGUUCCACCAUUUGAGCCCUUGGGAUCGAUUAGCAAUUGAGAUUAAGAUAUCAGAACCCACAUUCCUCAAGUGGGUCAAUGAAAUUCCCUCUUCUGGAGAUGAGGCUGCCUGUGGAGAUGGACUGGAUGAUGAAAAAGUUGGGGCGAGCCAUCAGAAAUCUAGAGAUCUACUCUUAUUCUCUGGAAAUGAUUACUUGGGCUUGAGCUCACAUCCAACAAUUGGGAAGGCUGCUGCAAAGGCAGCCCAGGAACAUGGAAUGGGCCAGGGUUCUGCUUUAGUUUGCGGGUAUACCAAUUAUCAUAGGCUACUGGAGUCAUGCUUGGCAGACUUAAAGAAGAAAGAGGAUUGCCUUCUUUGCCCUACAGGGUUUGCAGCCAAUAUGGUGAUGGUGGCGCUGGGAAGUGUCAGCUCGCUCUUGUCUGGAUCAAAACCUUUGAAGGAUGAAAGGGUUGCCAUAUUUUCUGAUGCUUUGAACCAUGCAUCAAUAAUCGAUGGCAUCCGUCUUGCUGAGCGGCAAGGAAGUGCAGAGAUUUUCGUUUAUAGACACUGUGAUAUGCCCCACCUUAAUGAAUUAUUAUCAAGCUGCACACUGGAGAAAAAAGUCGUUGUGACUGAUAGCUUGUUUAGUAUGGAUGGAGACUUUGCACCCAUGGCUGAGCUUGCCAAGCUUCGCAAGAAGCAUGGAUUUUUGUUGGUCAUUGAUGAUGCUCAUGGAACAUUUGUUUGUGGCAAAAAUGGCGGGGGAGUUGCUGAGGAGUUUAAUUGUGAAAGUGAUGUUGACAUAUGCGUAGGCACUCUGAGUAAGGCUGCAGGUUGCCAUGGUGGGUUCAUAGCAUGCAGCAAAAGGUGGAAGCAACUCAUACUAUCAAGGGGUCGUUCUUUUAUAUUUUCAACUGCAAUGCCAGUCCCUGUUGUUGCUGCUACCCUAGCUGCUGUCAUUGUGGCAAAAACGGAGAAAUGGCGCAGAGUUGCAAUCUGGAACCGAGUGCAAGACUUUCGAGCCCUUACAGGAAUCCCUAUUGGAAGCCCAAUCAUUUCCCUAAUUGUUGGAAGUGAAGAGAGAGCGCUGCAAGCUAGCCGGCAUUUGUUGAAAUCUGGUUUCCAUGUUACUGCGAUCAGACCACCAACAGUGCCUCCCAACUCAUGCAGGUUAAGGGUGACUCUAACUUCAGUACACACAACUGAAGAUGUGAAGAAGCUGACAGUUGCCUUGUCUGAUUGCAUCGGCUUGACCCAGAUCAGGGUAUACAGCUCAAGUGGAUAUGCAAGGCUCUAGGACUCCAUUCUUUAGCUGAAUUGAAUUUUUAGUCAGUCAGGUGCUCUCCUCAACAAUUAUUGCAGUCAAGUAAGGGAGAGAGGGAGGCCAGGCAACUAAUUGGGAGAGUUCAUAAUUUCAUUGCACUCAUUAGGAGCAUUCGUUUGGGUAUAAUAUUUCUUUUUGCCUUUUGUCAUAGAAAAACAUGUAAUUUCAUUGGCAUAGGAUGUAGAUUGCUUUUACAGUAGAUUAAUAAUUCCUGUUCUCUUGUAAUUUCAUUGACAAAAGAUGUAGAUUUUUUCUUUUAUUUUAUUUUUAUGCCAUUUGAUAAGCCGUGUAAUGCUAC